CGGGCACCAGGCAGCAGUCUCCAGCCAAGACCCCUGCCAGCAUGGCCAGCGAGUUCAAGACGAAGCUCUUUUGGAGGGCGGUGGUGGCCGAGUUCCUGGCCAUGACCCUCUUCAUCUUCAUCAGCAUUGGUUCCGCCCUGGGCUUCCAAUACCCGGUGAAGAACAACCAGACAUCAGGUGCAGCCCAGGACAACGUGAAGGUGUCGCUGGCCUUCGGGCUGAGCAUCGCCACGCUGGCCCAGAGCGUGGGCCACAUCAGCGGCGCCCACCUCAACCCGGCCGUCACGCUGGGGCUGCUGCUCAGCUGCCAGAUCAGCAUCCUCCGGGCCCUCAUGUACAUCAUCGCCCAGUGUGUGGGCGCCAUCGUCGCCACUGCCAUUCUCUCGGGUGUCACCUCCUCCCUGCCCGACAACUCGCUUGGCCGCAAUGAGCUGGCCCCGGGCGUGAACUCAGGCCAGGGCCUGGGCAUCGAGAUCCUCGCCACCCUGCAGCUCGUGCUGUGUGUGCUGGCCACCACGGACCGGAGGCGCCGUGACCUCGGGGGCUCAGGCCCCCUUGCCAUCGGCUUCUCUGUGGCCCUGGGACACCUGCUGGCGAUUGACUACACCGGCUGCAGUAUCAACCCUGCCCGGUCCUUCGGCUCCUCGGUGAUCACUCACAACUUCAAAGACCACUGGAUUUUUUGGGUGGGGCCGUUCAUCGGGGGAGCCCUGGCGGUGCUCAUCUACGACUUCAUCCUGGCCCCGCGCAGCAGCGACCUCGCAGACCGCAUGAAGGUGUGGACCAGCGGCCAGGUGGAGGAGUACGACCUGGAUGGCGACGACAUCAACGCCAGGGUGGAGAUGAAGCCCAAAUAGAGGCGGCCUGGCCCGGGCAUC